UACAGCCCAUUUCAGAUUCUCAUUCUCCUUUUAAAAUUGUCGUUAUCAAGGUUCGAAGUUGCAGGGCCAGCGAGUGGAGUAGUGAACGCCUGGACGGGAUAUAAUUGCCUUUAACUUCUUCCGUUUCCGCGGGCUCCUCUUCUUUCUGUUCUUUGUAGGGCACUCACUGGUCACUCUAAGAAACCCUAGGAAAACUUACAGGAGCGCCCCUGCCCUUCUCAGAAAACAUGGCCCAUGGCGGCUAUGGCAAGCGGAGAGUUGCCGAACGGAAACCCUCUAGUCGUCGAUCGAAGGGGUUAGGUGUCGAGAAGAAGCCGAAAUCCGUAUCUCUCAAGAACCAGAUGCGAUCGACGGAGCGAAUGCUACGCAAGGAUCUUCCUCCGGCGAUCAGAGAGGCUCAAGAGAAGAAGUUGGAACAGCUCAAGAAGCAACAAGAGAUACAAAAUCGCUUGGCUGUGGAGCGUAAAAUAUUUCUGCGGGACAGAAAGAUUAAGUUUUUUGAAAGAAGAAAGAUUGAGAGGAGAAUAAGGCGAUUGGAGAAACUCCAGCGUGCUGCAUCUGAUCACAACCAGGAGGCAGACGCCGCUGAGCAACUAUCCAAAUUGAAGGAAGAUCUUGAAUAUGUUAGGUUCUUUCCCAAAACUGAGAAAUAUGUUUCUCUAUUCAUCGGAGGCAAUGAUGCAGACAUGGUUGAUCGGAGAAACAGAUUGCGCAAGCAGAUUAAAGCCAAUAUCAUGGCUGCAGUAGCUAGCGGAAAGGACUUAGAAGAAACUGGGAGUGAGGAUGAUGGCCUUUUGGAUAUGAGUGAAGAUGAUUUCUUUUUGACUGGAAGCUCAAGUGAUGAAGCGGAUGCGGAUGAUGAAUGGACAGAUAAGAGUACGAGAGAGCAAGCUUCAAGUGCUUCUGGGAAAGCAACAUCUGGCAUGUCUAGUGAUGAAAAGAAUCAGAAACAUAUGACAGCUCGAGUUCUAAUGCCUCCUCCUCGGCCAUCAACCAAUUCAUUUAGAAGUAAAAGUCAUGCUCAAACAAUGGGUGGAAGCUCAUCGAGCCUGAAACCAUCCAUAGAGAAAGUUGCGGUGUCUACAUCAAGCAACACAUCUCAUAGCAGGAGUGGCGUCUCCUCCAAAAGCUGGGGAUCCUCCAAUGCCCGGACGGGUAAUAGUAGUAAUCUAAGUUCCAAUUCUGAUGCUCACAAACCCCGAAGAAAAAGGAGGCCAAAAAAGAAGAAACAAGCUUGAGUAAUAAACUGCAGGUACGAGUGAGGGGCACUGUAUGAGCAAUUUGAGCCUCCUGGUGUCAUGUAACCUCACUUUUGACCGAUUUGACCAGUUCCUCUUAUGAUUGUACUAUAUUCAAUCAUAUAAUUCCAUUCUAACCAUCAGAUUCUUCUUUCUUUUCCUCUGAUCAGAGAAACAGAUGGCCUGCAUUUACUUGUUUCUAUAAUCGGCAUUAGCUUUCAGCCUUUCAUGGUGCUCAGUCGAAAGUAUAUUUAUUCCUGUAAUUUUGUUAGGCGCUUCUAAUUAUCUACAUCAAUAAAUUAUCAACCUUGUGUUAUUUUCGGUCCCCAUGAUGUUUUUAGGAGUUGGAAGGAAGAGAUGGUUGUAAGCAUAGAAGGUGAAUCCCUGUAUCAAAAUUUCAAUUCCAUGGAUAUAUUUUGAUUG